AUGCACCCACCGGGAGCUCCAGCGGCGCACAAGGGCAGGGGUCGGGGCUGCGCGGUGCCGGGCACCUUGUUCCUGCUGUUCGCCUACCUGGCUUACCUGGCGCUGGGCACCGGCGUGUUCUGGGCGCUGGAGGGUCGCGCGGCUGAGGACUCCAGUCGCAACUUCCAGCGCGACAAGUGGGAGCUGUUGCAGAACUUCACGUGUCUGGAUAGCCAUGCGCUGGACCUGCUGAUCCGGGACAUCAUCCAGUCGUACAAAGACGGGGCCCACCUGCUGAGCAACACCACCAGCAUGGGGCGCUGGGAGCUCUUGGGCUCCUUCUUCUUCUCUGUGUCCACCGUCACCACCAUCGGCUACGGCAAUCUGAGUCCCCAGACCAUGGCCGCCCGCCUCUUCUGCAUCUUCUUCGCCCUGGUGGGGAUCCCGCUCAACCUCGUGGUGCUCAAUCGCCUGGGCCACCUCAUGCAGCGGGGAGUCCACCGCUGUGUCCACCGGCUGGGGGGCACCUGGCAGGGCCCGGCCCCCGACCGCUGGCUGGCGGGCUCCUGCGCCCUGCUGUCGGGCCUCCUGCUCUUCCUGCUGCUGCCCCCGCUGCUCUUCUCCCACAUGGAGGGCUGGAGCUACCUGGAGGGCUUCUACUUCUCCUUCAUCACCCUGAGCACCGUGGGCUUCGGAGACUACGUCAUYGGGAUGGACCCCUCCCGGAGAUACCCCCUGUGGUACAAGAACAUCGUGUCGCUCUGGAUCCUCUUUGGGAUGGCGUGGCUGGCCCUGAUCAUCAAACUGAUCCUCUCGCUUCUGGAGACCCCAGGGGGGACCUGCUCCUGCCACCACCACUGCUCCAAGGGGGACCGCAAGCCCGGAAGCUGCAGGCAGGGCCCAGUCGGGGGGCCCCAGGCCCACCCCCCUCAGCUGGGAAUCACACAGCGUCUCGAGCCCUCUGCCCAGGCUGUGCACUGUGGUGAGGACAGCUAG